ACAGAGGAAAAGAGAGAGAGAGAGAGCGACAGAGUAAAGGAGGAGGGGAUGAGGGAAAAGCAAGUAGCAAAAAAAAAAUCACAUUUCAAAGCAAAAGGACAACAGUUAUCUAGAGCUAAAAGAGCAGCAGAAAUUGAAGAAACCUGAAAAACAAAGAAAAAAAACGAUGAAGACAAUCGACUGAGACACAGGUAAACACUUUCGAAUGUUUGUUUGCCUUCUGCGAACGUCUGUUUGACCACGUUAGUUAUUACUCAAGCAAAACAGUCUAGUAGAAAAACGAAAACGUCUGCUGAGACACCUCCGAAUCCAGAAAGAUGGACGGAGGAGAGUCGAGGAGAUCAGAAGGUAGCGGUCGGCUGUCAGCCCUACAGGAGCAGCUGGUGUGGUCUCUACUGGGCUCGGGACUGACAAAAGAGCUACUCAUUCAGGCUAUGGGAGAUCUAGAACGAGAACGGGCCUUGUCUGGUGGCGAGAGGGCAGACCGGGCUGACUGCGAGAGCUCUGAGGAAGGAGAGAUGGACAAUCCACCUCCAAUCUUCGAGCUGGAGAAACUGCCGGCGGAGGAGGCAGCGAGACAGAGGGCUCAAGUGGACCAGCUGCUACAAGAGGAUCCUUGGCAUGUGGCUAAAAUGGUGAAGAGCUACAUGCAGCAGCACAACCUUCCCCAGAGAGAGGUGGUGGAGUCCACUGGUCUCAACCAAUCACAUCUGUCGCAGCACCUCAACAAAGGCACACCCAUGAAGAACCAAAAGCGUGCCGCUCUCUACAGCUGGUACACCAAGAAGCAGGCUGAGAUCAGCCAGCAAUUCACUAAUGCCAGUCGAGGAGUCAUAUCGGGUGAGGAACCCGGGGAAGAUGUGAGAAAAGGACGGAGAAACCGAUUUAAAUGGGGUCCCGCCUCCCUGCAGAUCCUGUUCCAGGCUUAUGAACGACAGAAAAACCCCAGUAAAGAGGAGAGGGAGGGACUGGUGGAGGAGUGCAACAGAGCGGAGUGUCUUCAGAGGGGAGUUUCUCCUUCUCAGCUGGCUGGCCUGGGCUCUAAUCUGGUCACAGAGGUUCGUGUUUACAACUGGUUUGCAAAUCGGCGUAAAGAGGAGGCAUUUCGCCACAAACUGGCACUAGAUGUGCCCUACAGCAGCCAAUCAGCUGCCUCCACAUGCCAGACACUGCCGUCCAGUCCUUCACCAGGUCUGAAGUACAGUCAGUCGGUGGUGUGUGAGAGUUUGGGCUCCGUGAGAAGCUCUGGUGCUGAAGAUAGAGGAGCCAGUGUUCGUCUAGCCAGUCCAGUCCAGCUAGAACCCAGUCACACACUCCUGGAGACACACCAUCUCAAACCAGCUUCUAUUGGAGGCUCUUUACCUCCUGUCAGCACUCUGACUUCCCUGCAUGGUGUGUCAGGAUCCUCUGCUGGUGCUCCUGGACUCUUCAUUCCAAGCGUCAUGAGUCUGGGAGACUCCUCACUUCUCAUCGGCUUGACAUCCUCUCAACCCCAGACUGUGCCUAUCAUCAAUAAUGUAGGGGGGUUUACCACCCUUCAGCCAAUCUCGUUUCAGCAGCCGCUUCACGCCUCACCUCAGCAGCCAAUAGCACAGCAGCUUCAGAGUCACAUUGCUCCAAACUCCUUUAUGGCCACAAUGGCACAGUUACCAUGUCACAUGGACUAUAUUAGUGAACGGAAGUAUAGUCGCAAUUUCAUAUAG